UUUACUGCAGUCAGCCCGUUGCCAAUAAAGGUGUCAGCAACCAUCCGGGUAAGAAAGCGAAGAAACAUUUUGAACGACACUUCAACUGGCAUCACCAUACAUGAAGUGAGAAAAGAAAUCAGCAAACAAUUUGAACAACUGAUGCCCACCAAGUACUGUAAGUCAAGUGAGAAGGUCUGUCCUGCAGGUCCCCCCGGAUAUCCUGGUUCCACUGGAGCGACGGGACCAUGUGGCAGGAGGGGACCAAAGGGAAAGAAAGGUCCUCAAGGUCCCAUGGGACCUCCUGGAAAAUCCGGAAAAACAGGAAUAACUGGUCCUGCAGGACCGACAGGAGAAAAGAGAGAUAAAGGAGAGCCCGGCCAAAAGGCAUGCCGGGACCACCUGGAAAGCCUGGAAAAUCGAUAUCUGCUCCACAAGUGA